UGCAAUUUCGGGCCGUGUUCCGCGGACGUGCGCGCAUCGUCAGGUUCAGUCGCAUCGCAGUCGCCGUUGCCGCCGCAGCCGUUGAAUUUCCAAAUUGUUUUCGAAUUUCCCGAUUUCGAUUGGAAACCGAAUUCGUUUUGAGAUUGCCCUUGCCUACUUUUUUUUUUAAAUAUAUACUUUUUUUUUUGUUUGUGAAAAUGCCAAAUUUGCCAUGAGUGUUGAAAAAUCUUAGAGAUCGCGACGUUUUCCCAAUUGGGGGGAAGUUCGAGAAAAGAAAACUCAAGAUGAAACUGUGGAAAUCGAAGAAGCCCAUUGGUGGCUGUGUGCCCGGCAAAUCGGCCGCCCUAAAACAGGACCAACAGCAGCAGCAGCAACAGGAGUCGCACAACAACUCCUUCAAUGGACACCACCAUCCGCCGACGGACACUGCCUUGGCGCCCAUGCUAUCCGUUGACCGGGCGAUGAGUCCGGCGCAAUCGGAGGACUCCGGACUGGCACCGGAAAGGGGCACCACCUACGCCACCAUCACGCUGCCACGGAAUGCCCUGCAUUUGGCCAUCACAUUCGCAGAACGCAACGAUCUGUCGUAUCCGCCGGUGGUGGGCUCCCUGAAUCCGGUGGGUCAUGCGGCGGACUUCCUGGCGCCCGGCGAUCGUCUCCACCAGAUCGACGGCAUCUCGACGAUCGGGCUGAGCAACCAGAAGGUGAUGAACAUGCUCUGCGCCGGUGGAUCCGAUGCGUGUCCGGCCAUCGUGGAGAUCGAGUACUCUCUGCCCGAAUGCAGUAGGUUAACCCAUUGUGAAAUGCUGGUCAACAGUCAUAAACUCUUUGUUUUUUUCAUAAUUUUCCUUCCGGGUGGCGCAGCAGUUUCCCAGAACAGCCUUUGUGUGACCUCGAAGCUGGCGCAGAUCACCGUGGAGCGGGAGAGCGGAUGCCUGGGCCUGACGUUGCGGGGCGGUGCCGACUACCCGCUGAUCGUCACCCAUGUGAGGCCCCAUGGACCCGUCUACAAGACCGGUCGCAUCAAGCCAGGCGAUCGGCUGCUGCGCGUCGAUAAUGUCUCACUGAUUGGCAAGACGCUGGCGGAGGCGCAGCAGAUCAUCAAGUGCGGCGGUCAUGUGGCCGGCUACACCAACCUGACCAUCGAGUACGAUGUGUCCGUGGUGCAGAGCGUCGAGUUCUCGAUGGGACCGCUGCUCAUCGAAAUCGAGCGACCGAUGAACGACAAGCUGGGCCUGGUGCUGUGCAACUAUACAGCGGCGAUGCCCGCUUCCGGUUCCGGUGCCAGUACUCCAUCCAGCGUGGACAAGAUCGAGGAAUCGACGGGCGUCUUCAUAGCCAGCAUCCUGCCCGCCAGCAUUGCAGAUCGUUGCGGCGCCUUAUCCGUUGGCGAUCAGGUGCUCUCCAUCGACGACACAAUGAUCGAGCACACCGCCUUCAGUCCCGACGAGGUGAUGACCAUAUUGGACACCAGCACGGGUCGCGGCUACACGCAGAUGCAGAUCAUGCCCGCUCACGCCUUGGCCCGUCGCGGUCACACCGCCCUGGGCAGUCCCAAGUACAGCUUUAGCACCCUGGAGUCGCGCAAAUCCUCGACGGCGGGUCGCCAGCGUCAGCGUUUCGCGCGCAAGAGUUCGCUGCCGCUGGAGAAUCCCGGCUGCAGCAAUCCCGGCUCCACGGGCGGAUCGGUGGGCACUGGCGGCAUCCAUGGCAGCAGCAGCUUGGGCAUGGGUCUGGGCCUCUGCCGGGCGGAGAGUUUUCCCGUCCUCCUCGAUUGCAGCCACGGAGCGGGCAUCCUUCUGUCUGAUUCGAUAAGCGGAGCUGGAGGAUCGGGCGCUGUUGCCAUUGCCCAGAUUCUGGCGGAUUCGGUGGCCGAUCGCAGUGGUUGCAUUCAGGCGGGCGAUCGCAUCGUGGCCAUCAACAAGAUGUACAGCUUGGAUGCGGCGGCCAUGAGGCAGCUGCUCGAGGGUGGAUCCAUUCGCAAUGGAGCGAGCACUGGAACGCCGGCCAACUGGCUGGAGCUGGAGAUCGAGUUCGAUAUGCCGGAUGCCGUGGUGCCCGCCAGUGGUGUCUUCAGUGUCAAACUGCUGAGGGCCGGCAAGUGUGGACUUGGUCUGAGCGUGAGUGGAUCCAGUCAUGGUGGCUUGGUCAUUUCGGACGUGAAAAUGGGCAGUCCUGCCCAUCGCAGUGGCUCCCUGCGAUCCGGCGACAUCCUGCUGGCCGUUGACCAGCAUCCAGUGCAGCAUUUCAACGUGGACGCACUGCUCAAGGAGGAGGGCAGAUCGCAGAAUCCCAGCCACAGCUCCUCUGACUUCACCACGCUGACGAUCAAGCGCAUCGUGCUGCCCGACUUCCUGCCCAUGUCCAGUCCCAUUUACAGCAAUUGCCCGGCGAGUGGCAUCAACUUGGGCAUGGGCAUGGGCGUGUCCACCAGCACGGAUCACGAUCUGUAUAGCAGUGCCUAUGUGACGGCGGGCAAGUAUGCAGACUGCGUGUCCCUGAAAUCGCGGACUCCGCAACCCGAUUACUUCCGAGUGCCCAGCAUGGACGAUGCCAGUCUGCAGUCCGUGCAGCUGCGAUCGGGAUCGGGCGCAAAUGGCGGUAGCCAGGCGGGUAACAGCUGGUCCACCGGAGUCAACAGCCGAUCCUAUGUGGCCCCAAGCAAUACGCAGAGUCUGACCACCGAGCUGCCCGAGGAGGAGGACGAGCAGGAACAGUUGUACCCCGGUUACGAGCUCAAUCGCUAUGCCAGUGUGGACUGCACCGCCCUGCCGCCGCCCAUGGAGAACAAGGUGUACGGAUCGGCGGCCAGUUCGAGCAGCAAGAGCAGCGGGAGCAGCCUGCACCAGGUCAUCUUCACGGUGCGCCUGGAGCCCCAUGGCGGAUUGCUGGGCAUCACUCUGGCCGGCAGCGAGGACAUCACCAAGUCCAUCACGAUCAGUGGCCUCGUAGAGGGUGGCAUUGCGCACAAGAAUGGACAGAUCCAUGUGGGCGACCAGCUGCUGGCCAUCGAUGAGCAUUCGGUGCAGGGCAUGCCCCUUUCGCACGCCACCAGUCUGCUGCAGAAUCUCGGCGAUCUGGUCGACCUGAAGAUCCUGCGCAGCCACGACCUGGCCAAUGGCAGUCAUCUGCCGCAAACGCAGGCCAUCUAUGCCAAGGUGCAACGGCGUCCUCGGAGUCCGUCGGCCAAUACGGAGGCCAGCAAGGAGUCGGGCAGCGGGAAUGCCAACGCUGGCGGGGCAGCCAAUGGGAAUUCGGGCAGUGGAAAGCCCCGGGUGUUCCACGUCACCCUGUACAAGGAUAAGGUGUACGAUGACUAUGGAUUCUCCGUUUCCGAUGGACUUUACGAGCGGGGCGUCUUCAUCAACAGGAUUCGCAGCGGAGGACCUGCCGAUAUGUGCGGUCUCCUGAAGCCCUUCGAUCGGAUCAUGCAGGUAAAUGAGAUGAAGACGCAGGACUUUGAUUGCUGCCUUACCGUUCCGCUGAUCGCCGCUGCUGGCGAUAAAAUCGAGAUGAUCAUGCAGCGCUCCGAGUGAUCCCACUUGCCCGAGAUCCUUAUGUUAAACUAGUUGUAUGCUAAGCUAAUCCUAAGUGCCAUUGCUAGCCCAUAAUAUUAUAUACUACAUACAUAUAUCCCUGUAUUCUUUACCGAGCGAAACCUGCACACAAACAAAUGAAAAUCCCCUACCGUCAAGGACAAUUGGCGCAAAACAGUCGGCCAUAACCAAAUAAUGCCCUUCUUAUGAUAGAUCUGACAUAAUUCUACGUUAAUUCUACGCUAAAAUUUGUUUUCUAGCAAAUAAACAAUCGUACCGAAAGUUUGUUCCAAACUAAACAAUCAAAA